GCCGCGGCGGGGGCGGAUGGAGACAGCGGGCACGGCGGCGGGCUGGGUUAUUUUCUUCCAUCUUCCUCUCAUCUCUGGAAGCUCCAUCAGUAUUGGGAUAGGCAGCAAUUAUUCCAAUCUCCCAUUUGCCUCGAACCAGAGCAGCCCGUCCAGCGCCUUCCCCAGCCCCGCGGAGCACGGCGGUGACAGCAGCCUGCUGGUGUCCCCACUGCUGGUGGCAGGGGUGGUCAUCGGGCUGGUGCUGUCCCUGUCCUGUGCCACCAUCGUGGUGGGCAGCCUGCGCAAGGACAGCCGGCUCGGCCAGCCGCACCUGCCCAGGGAGGCUGCGGACGCUCCAGAUGGUUUCUCUCAUGGCGGCUCCUCUGCAGAGCUGAGAUCCACCUGCAGCGAGGAGUUCCCCCCUGCCUGUGAUUUUGACUCCUAUCUGGAUAUACUUUCUCAGGUGCACAUCAUGUAUCCUGAUCCACCUCCAUGCUACGACGAAUGUGUGGGGCCAGGAGCGACACAAAUAUAUAUUCCUACAGAUGAUCCCCCCCCAUAUUCCCUUAUGGACCCUUGCCAAAGAAAUGAAAUACGUAUAAAUAUCUGUAACAGCCAGGAAGAGGAAGCAGCAACUGGGACUGCAAGACGGGCUGCACAUUCUGCAGUGAGGCUGCAGGACUUGCAGCAGCCCAGCUUGGCCAUCUCGGUGAUCUCCCAGUGCGGAGGCUGCUCCCCCAUUCGGGACAGUGGGGUGUGAGCACACCUGCUCCAACAGAAACAUGGAACAUUCUCCCACUGGCCAUCAGACCCCAAAACUUGUCAAUGAA